AUGUCUCUUAGACCUCUGCGGGGACCGUCUAAAGGUCUUAACAAACCUAAACCCAGGUCACUAUCAAAAGACCUAAGGGUCCUUACUUUGGCAGUCACACAAGUCGAAGCAAAAUCUAGCAGCAGCAGCGAGGACGACGGACAGGCAACAAGAGCACAUCAGUCUCUUUCCACCCCCCCGACGGAAAAUGGUGGACCUAGCGGAGUGCUUGCUGUUGAUGCUGGACCCAGCAGAACGCCUGUUGAUGAUCUUCAAUCCUCUGCAGACUUCCUCUCCGAUCCGUUCAACGGCUUGAUCAUAGACCAAUCCCUUACCUCCGUGGAACAACUACCAGACUGGGCACAUCCUGUACCAAGAUGGGAUGCAGUUCGCCGCCGAACCGUAUCACGACGACCACCAUCAAACCGCUCUUCUACCGCUACUUCCCAGCCUUCCUCCAAAGUCUCGGACAAUAUGUUAUGGAUUAUGUACCCUCCCCGUCCACGCAGUCUCACCCACCAAGGUCCGAUCCUACGCAGAAUCACCAUUCCCGAGCAUCUCAGCGGCAGCACACCGAUAGAGAGAAAUAAACGCAUCAGACAUGUAGAACAGUUGGCGGAUCGUGUCCGGGAGAUACGUUUGGGGGGCAGGGCGCCCCAGGCAACGCGAACCACUGGUCUGCUUGAAAUCAAGCUGGUAGCGUGGGCUUCGCAAGCGGAUAAUGUGAAUGCGCUGAUGCCAGAGCUUGCUUCGACGACCGUGUGGGUGAACCCUUUUCGCUUGCUUAACGAUGUCUUCUAUGACGCUUGGGUGAAGUUGUUUAUGCAGAUUUAUGUGCUGGGCGAUCCACGUUAA